AUGCCUCCAAAUUCUCAUUACGCAUCCUCUGCUAUCGGUGGUCGGAGCCAAAACGCCACAGGCUCCUCUGCUAGCAUGGUCAGCCAAGGUGACAACAGUUCAGCUUCUGGCACAUCAGUCACAAACCUCUCUUCCUCCUUCUCCAAGCAAUGUUCAAUCUCUCCACUACGAGCGGCCAUUGACCCAUUCGGGAGUCUUCCUUGGUUCGGUUUGGAAGAAGUUCUGCUCAACUUGCCGGACCUGCCCACAUUACAUCAACUCUGCCAGGCUUCGCCCGCUGUUGCGGACUACCUCAGCCAUAAGAGUGGGGUCUUCCCAAAGGUCGUGGAACGUAUCAUGGAGCGGCGGGAGUAUGAGCAUAGUUCCGACGACGAAUAUAGAUGCACCCAGCAGGACGCUACGCGAGGACUUGCUGAAGAUACCCGUAUCUUCUUCCGAACCCUGGUAUAUCUUUGGUGGAAAGAAGAUUCCGUAGUCACAGGAGGGGCUUCGGACGAGAACCCGUUGCCUGAGGACUUCAACGAUAAGUUGGUCUACACCAUCAACAUGUCGAUCGAGGGCUUCUAUGAGCCAAACAAGGUCGGCAUGGUUCACCUCCCCCGCUCAACUCCUCCAAAUAUCCUCCGCCAUCUCCUGAGCCUUGCCAGUCGCCUCCGGCGGGAUGCACACGCUUUCUUCCACACUACGAUGACUCUUUGCAUGUACACUAGAAUCCAGGAGCUCAAAAACAAAAAGGCGCAUUGGCCAAAAAACGGGCCUCGGCCUUGCGGAAUUCCAAUUAACACCAAGAGAGGAGGCUAUCCUCUCUCAUGGAUGGAAGAACAGCGGCUGAUGCUAGCCUUCCUCAAGCCGUAUGUUUUCUCAGUCCUGCAACGGGUGGUCUGUGAAAAACGGCUUCUCAAGCCCAUUUCCUCUCUCACGGACCCUCUCUCGGAUGGCCUGUACCCGGAUACGCUCAAGGAUCUGGAGCAAAAUUCAUUGGCAGAAUUUUGGUCACCCUUCGCCAACUAUGGCUGGAUGAGAACGGAGCCAAUGGAACAGAUGGAGACUAUUCUUGCUUGGAUGGAGGAAGGAAAAACUUCGCAUGCAGCGCGAUGCAAGCGAGCAGCAAGUUUUACAACAUGCUGCCCGGAGUUUAGCAUGCUGACCGAGAAGCAGCUUAAAGAAUACAGCCGGAGCAAUCUGCAACACAUCAAGCUUCCCGGGCCCUUUUGGGCACAAAGUUGCACAGUAGCACCGCAAUCUGGUGUGAAAGGCGCCGGCUUUCGUGGAGAGUUUCAGAAGUUCGGUGUGAGCUUCUGGGAUAAAGAAAGAAUGGAGGGGCUCGGGCUUGCGACUCCACGGAUGGACCGGUACUUGGACCAGAUAGAUCUCGCCUUUCGGUGGUCCUCCCUGCUUCUGUCGAACAAGAAAAGGGCGCCGAAAAGGGGCCAACAGAAAAAAGGCCUUCAAUUCCGUAGCCGAACAAAGGCUAUUUCGUUGGGCGAGUAG